AUGACUCAUAUUUUACAGACUCAAAAAGCUCUGAAAGCUCUGAAAGCUCUGAAAGCUCUGAAAGCUCCGAAAGCUCCGAAAGCUCCGAAAGCUCCGAAAGCUCCGAAAGCUCAAAAAGCUCAAAAAGCUCCGAAAGCUCCGAAAGCUAAAGCUCUGAAAGCUCUGAAAGCUCUGAAAGCUCUGAAAGCUCCGAAAGCUCCGAAAGCUCCGAAAGCUCCGAAAGCUCCGAAAGCUCAAAAAGCUCAAAAAGCUCCGAAAGCUCCGAAAGCUCCG